GUUUAAUUAGCUAUAAGGUACACAUGUCAUCUUUAGUACCUACCAUAAAACAAGUAAACAAAUUUAAUAAAUGCUCCUCACAUAAAGCAUAGUUUACAAAAUCAUCAUCCGCCCUAUCUAUAUCCUUUGCCUAUCUUUACAACCAUCCAUCUUAGCCUUCUUAGCUAGUAAGCUCAUUAAAUCAAGAUUGCAUAAUUGUCAUUAAUGGCGUCAAAGUUUGUGCCUUUCUUCUUCUUCAUGGUGCUCUUGGCCGGUCUUGCGAGCUCGGACGUGAGCAAGGACAAGGCGGAGUGCGCCGAGCAACUCGUCGGGAUCGCCACGUGCCUCCCGUACGUGAGCGACGAGGCUAGAACUCCGCCGCGGGAUUGCUGCGCGGGGCUGAAAGGAGUGAUUGAGAAGAGCAAGAAAUGCAUAUGCAUUUUGGUGAAGGAUAGAAACGAUGCCAGCCUUGGCCUCAAGAUCAACUCCACCCGAGCUUUAGGCCUUCCUGAUUUGUGCCAAACGCCCGCUAAUGUCUCCCAAUGUGUUCAACUCCUGAACUUGGCACCUAACUCACCAGACGCAAAAGUAUUUCAAGAUUUCGUCAAUAGUGCAAAGGGAAGCGGUGCUACUACUGCGCCAGUUAAAGGCAGCUCAGGAGAUGGAGCAACAGGUGCCGAAGUUAAGAGCGACGGAAGCAAAAGAAAGCAAUUCCUGGAAGCUAAUGUGGUUGCGGGGCUGAUUUUCUAUGGUUUCAACUAUUUCUUGAAUCUUUGAAUAUUAUACCCACUACAGAAAAAAAACACGAGAUUGACAGGAUUUUUUGGCACGGAUUUCUUAAAAUUGACACGGACUUUGGCAGGAUAUAUCAAACCCUUGCUAAAAAUAGUUUGGCACAAGCUAUUUGGCAUGAAAUUAUCUGUGAAUCCGUGUCAAAUCCAUGCCAAUCCCGUAAAGUUUUUCUGUAGUGACCGUUAGAUACGAACUUUAAUUAUUCAAGUACUAAACUAAAGAAUUUUAUUGAAGAUUUGAUGUCUUUCCACAUGUACUUUGUGUAAUUCUUCUCUAUGUAAUUCUUAUGCUUUAACUGAAAAUACUACGUAGUAUAUACGAUAGUAUGUCAUACUCUAUUACUCCGAAUAUUUUUAAUCUUCAACAUUCCUAUUUUUUGGAAGAAAUAGGUUUAAAUUGAUAA